AUGUCAUUAUCAGCGCUCGUGGAAGACGCCUCGUCCCCCUCGCACUUUACAGAAAUCCUUACGCCCGUGAACUCGUUCUUCGUGCAGAUACGCGAUGUGGUGCGCCAGAACAGAGGAGACGACGUUUACGCGCUGUGCGAAGGCCCCAUCGCGGAGGCGAAGUCUGAUAUUUUCAGCAGCGUCGCUCAGUACCAGCAGAAGCACCAACGCGUGACAGCUCAGCUUCAGCUUUCCCUGCGCAAAUUGGAAGUGGUUGAAGACGAGAUCAACCUGCUCGUGAUGGAGAGGGAGUUCACUGAGGCUCAAGCAGACAUGUUGGACAUGAGACUCGGGGAUCUUCUUGAGCAGAACGACCCGAGGCUUGCUCACGUUCGCCAUGCGAUUGCGGAGACCACGGUUGCAUACCGGCAGGUUGAGGUACACACCAUCGAGUCUCAGGGUAUAGGUUUGGCGGCCAUGAGGGAACUCGACACGAGUGUGCGAGCCUUGCAGCGAGAGGCCGACGAGUUGGGAGACCUCCAAACGGCCACGACUCGGGCCAUCACCAAGGCUGUGGAAAGCCUCAGCGAGCAAUUGGCUCAAUUGAUGAGUGGCGCACAGUCACAGUGA